CUUAAUUCAUAACUGUCUUGUUUUUAUUUCAGAAUUUACCUAAAUUGGAAAUCCUCGAUAUGGCUUUUAAUAACUUACCAAAUUUUAACUUCGAUUACUUUGACCAAGUGGGUACCUUAUCUAACUUAAAUGUGAAUGUGAGUCACAAUCAGAUCAUUAUGUUGAUGUACAAUAGUUCUUGGGCGGGUCGGAAUGAUCAUGGUUCAAUGUAUCAUUCAAAUAUUAAAUUGCUUGACUUAUCACACAACAACAUCUCGCUUAUACAUCCGGGCUAUUUCCGGCCAGCGGAAAUCUCAUUAACACAUCUUUACAUGGGUUAUAAUUCCUUAAUGAAUUGCACACGCGAUGUCUUUGGUAAUAUGCCACAUUUACAAUGGCUGGAUCUGUCCUACAAUCGGAUACGCGAGCUAGAUUUUGACGCAUUUAAAAAUACCAAACAGCUGCAGCUUAUCUAUUUGGACCACAAUUACAUAACGGACAUACCGCAAGAUAUUUUUAAACCCAUCUACGCUUUGCGUGUCGUUGAUAUGUCACAUAACCACUUGCGAGGCUUACCAGAUAAUCUCUUCUAUAAUGGCGGCAUGGAAAAAAUGGACGUCUCACACAAUAUGCUGCUCAAAAUACCCUCGUCAUCCUUAUCCAGUUUGGCCGCUUUGACAUUAUGUGAACUGCACUUGUCCAACAAUUUCAUCUCGACAAUACAUAGCAUGGAUUUGUCAAAUAAAUUUAGGUCCCUACGCUAUCUUGACAUUUCCUACAAUUAUCUGUUGCGGAUAGAUGACGCAGUUUUUGCUACCAUGCCACGACUCGCUGUGCUCGAUCUUUCUCACAACCGUGAUCUCAAAGUAAUGGACAAAUCAUUUAUGGGUCUAGAGAAUUCACUCAUCAAACUUGGCAUGGAGAAUGUUUCGUUGAGCACGAUUCCCGAAAUACGCUUAAAGUACUUGCGCGAACUUCGCUUGGGUUAUAAUGAAUUGCCGUCGAUACCACAAGAAUUGGCCUUUAAUAUGAGUAAUCUGCGUAUGAUCGAUUUGUCCAAUAAUGAUUUGACGAAUGUACCGCUAAUGACGCAAUCACUGCCACAUUUAAGGAAACUAAUGCUCUCAGGCAAUCCUAUUACCUCGCUGAAUAACAAUAGUUUCGACGGCGUCAAUGAAGAUUUGGAAAUGUUGGACAUUUCCAAUUUCCGUUUGCACUAUUUUGAAUAUGGUUGCCUAGAUUCAUUGCCACAUUUGCGUUCGCUCAAACUAACUGCCUACUCUCAUUUGGAACAUUUCAAUAUACCACAUUUGUUGCGGCAUCAUCAUAAUAUACGUGAGCUAUGGAUAGAAGCACCACAGCCAUUUACGCGAAUUAUAAAGAAGGGUUCUGGUGCGAAUCAGGACAUUCAACAAGUGCAAAUGGGACAACCCACCGAUUUGGCCCGUGAAAUGGAGGGUUAUUUGCCUUCAAAGCUGACGAAUAUCACAUUCAGUGGCCCGCAAUUUAGUAGUAUCAAUGAGCGUAUUUUGAAGGGUAUGCGUUCACCUUACUUGUACAUGCAAUUUUUCAACACUACACUGAAAGAGAUACCAGCCAAUUUUUUUAAAAAUAUGGGACGCGUACGCAAUAUCUCACUGGAUAUACGCUAUAAUAAUCGUAUGCUGAAAAAGAUACCCAAUCCAAAUACGGGCAAUGUGCCUUAUUUGCCGAAUAGUGUCUUUCUCACCGAUCUUAAAAUGUCCGAUACAGAUUUGAAUUGCGAUUGUGAUUUAGGAUGGGUCGAAUUUUGGCAACGCAAACGGCGACAGUAUAUUUGCUCAUCGCAAACAUGGACCGACACUGUAUUUAGAACCUUCAUGAAUUCUCCGUGUCAAGUGUAUGGACGACACAAUUGUGACGAUCAUGAUGAUGAUCUUCGGGAGACACGCUGUGAUAACAAAGGCGGGCAGCAGUUAAUGGAAGCACUAAAAUUCGACUUGGAAUGUGGCUGGGAUAAUGCAGGCUGCCGCGAAACUUUCAUACUCCUCAUAACAGCCCUUUUAAUGAUUGUGUUUUGGAUGUGACUGCUGAGAUGCGCAUUCAAAGUAUCGGCUGACUUUUACAAAACUCUAGAGAAGGUAUACGGAGAGAAUCCGUUCAAUUGAGAAUUUUUACAAAAAAAAUUGUAAAGCAAAGGGAUAAUUAU